AUGAUUUUCACUUCAUUAACUAAAUUUUUAAAUAACUCCUCGUCAUCAUCAGCCCUAAAUAAAAACUUUGAUAUCAAUUCAAAAUCAAUUGUUAUUAAUUUUGAAAAAUUAAAUAUUCAAGGUGUUAGUAUUUUAAAAAGUCUACUUGGUAACCAAAGUGGUACAAGUAUUAAAAAUAAUCCACUUGGUAACCAAGGUGGUAUCGACAAAUAUUAA